AUGGGCCAAAAGAGACAGGCCAAGUUUCAGUAUGGCAAAUCAAAGACUUCAAGAACUAGCCCAGUUAAAUUUGAGAAAGAAACAAUUGUUGAUAGUGAUGAGAUUUUUGAUGCAGUCGGGCAAUCAAAAUUUGUUCCAGAGAACCUUCACCAUUACACAGUCCAUCCAAAUUUGGCCCAGUACUAUGAGCCUUUGAAGCCCACUGCACUGCAUAAAUUCCUGGCUCGAAACAGGAAAAUUCAAAGCUUCACAUUGAAAGUAACAGAGUAUGAUCAGGAUAAGACCUUACUGAUUAUGACCAACAACCCACUUCCCUGCUCAAUCGACCAUCAAGGAAAGGACACGACAUCAAAAUACUUUUCCAGUGAGUUACUGCUCAAGGAAAGUCAUCAGCACAAGCCCACUGAGAACUUCUUCCUACCUCUGAUGUAUCAGGAAAAAAAGUUAAGAUCUGGGCUGAAACCAGUCUUCCCUGUGACACUGUUGGAGGACCCUAAAUCCAAGAGAGAACAAUGGUUUAGGUUUUCCACGGACGAGGAUUUCAAGAGUGAAGGGAAGUAUUCAAAGGUCUGUGCUUUGAGAAAACAGAAAAAAAUGUACCCUCAGCUCAACUUUGCUCCAGUCUGUAAAAGAGAUCUGAGGAGUGACGUCUCCAAGAAGUCAGGGAGCUACCUGCCAACUUCCCAGAUGAUUUGGGAACCAUUAACCCUUUCAUCACUCCUGGAGGAGAAGCCCACCAGAACCGCGCCAGGAGAGAGCGCGUUCCGCAACGGAAGGGCCCAGCAGUGGAUUAUAAAAAACGCCAGUGUCAUUAAAUGA